AUUGUUGUGACUGACGUCUCUUCGAAGUGUCAAAAUUUUCAAUAAUUCAAAAUUUGUCCAAAAAUUAUUUACGAUGAAAAUGUUAUUGAAUUGGAUACAUAUACUACUGUCAACGAUAAAAAUAUCACUAGCUAUAGUAAUAUUUCUUUUACUGGCAUUCUGCCUGGUAACUCCUCUAUAUUAUGUUUACUUGAAAAGGAAAUUCAAAAACGAAAAACUGAAAAACUUGGCGACGAAAUUACGAGUCGGUAUUUUCCACCCUUAUUGCAAUGCAGGGGGAGGAGGAGAAAAAGUUCUCUGGGUAGCCCUACAAGCCUUACAAAAAAAGUACCCUAAAGCAGAAUUUUAUAUUUACACAGGUGAUGUGGAAGUUACUUCGAUUGAAAUUCUGGAAAAGGUUAGGAAACGACUGAACGUUGAAGUAGAAGAAAACGUUAAGUUUGUGUACCUGCACCGAAGGAAGUGGGUAGAAGGAGACCAGUAUCCGUUUUUUACUCUGCUCGGUCAGGCCUUGGGUUCGGUUUAUUUGGGGUAUGAGGCUUUGGUUCAGCUCAAUCCAGAUAUUUUUAUAGAUACCACAGGAUUCACUUUCACUUUACCUCUGUUUAAAUUUGUUGGGGGAGCCAAAACUGGGUGUUACAUCCAUUAUCCUACAAUAACUAACGAGAUGUUGAAAAGAGUUUCUAAUAGACACGCUCUCUACAACAACAGAGGCAUUAUCGCUAGAAGCCCUGUUCUGACUAUGGGAAAACUACUCUACUAUCAUAUUUUUGCAUGGGCUUAUUCUCUGGCCGGUCAAUGCUCCGACAUCACCCUAGUUAACUCCACAUUCACCAUGGAGCACCUGAACGCUCUGUGGAACCGGCCCCUCCACUUGGUGUAUCCCCCUUGCGAGACUGAUCAUUUGAAGAAAUUGCCCCGCCAAACGACUUGUCCCGAAAAGAUCCGCAUAAUGUCUUUGGCCCAGUUCAGGCCUGAAAAGGACCACCCGCUUCAGUUACAGGCUAUGUACGAGCUGCGCGAGAUCGUCCCCGAAGAAGUCUUCGGUAACAUCACGUUGGUGUUGUGUGGCAGUUGCAGGAAUGAGGAAGACAGGAGGAGGGUGAAGGACUUGCAGGACUUCAGCAAGCAUUUGAGUUUGGAGAAUAACGUUGAGUUCAAGGUGAACGUUUCCUACGAAGAUCUCCUCCAGGAGUUCCAGAAAGCCUACAUCGGCAUUCACACCAUGCUCGACGAGCAUUUCGGCAUCAGUGUCGUCGAACAGAUGGCCGCAGGACUCAUCAUGGUGGCGCACAGGUCAGGAGGGCCCCUUCUUGACAUCAUCGAGACGUCGGAAGGGUCUCGCCUGGGCUUCCUGGCGCAGACCGCCGAAGAGUUCGCUCACAUCUUCAAGUUUAUAUUGCAGCUCAGCGACGAGGAGGUGAACGAGAUCAGAGAGAGGGCCAGGGCUUCGGUGGAGAGGUUCAGCAACGGGAAGUUCAAGGAGGAGUUUUUGAGGGCCGUCGAACCCCUUUUCAAGUAAGCUUCUGAAGACUUGGUAGAUGUAAGUGUACAGUGACGAGAAUAAAUGUUUUGUUUUCGAAAA